CAUCUCCCCUCUUUCCAGUCAACUCAUCUUUUUUCUGCCAUCCCCUCUAGCAAUGGAUUGUGUGAGCCCAAUCCUGGACGUCGCCACCCGCUUGUGGGAUUGCACCGCCAAGCGUGCAGUUUAUAUUCGUGAGCUUGAAGAAAAUCUCAAGUCUUUGAAGAGCUUAACGGAGGAACUGAGCAACUUAAGUAAGGAUGUGAUGGGAAGAGUUGAACGUGAGGAGGACCAACAGAGUAGGCGCACGCAUGAAGUGGAUGGUUGGCUCCGCGCUGUACAGGUCAUGGAAGCUGAAGUGGAAGAAAUAUUGCAAAAUGGGGAUCAAGAAAUCCAACAGAAAUGCCUCGGAACCUGUCCUAAGAAUUGCAGGUCAAGCUACAGGCUGGGGAAGAUUGUGAGUAGAAAGAUCGAUGCUGUGACUGAAUUAAAGGGCAAAGGGGGUUUUGAUGUUGUGGCUCAUAGCUUGCCUUGUGCUCCGGUGGAUGAGAGACCAAUGGGGAAGACUGUGGGCUUAGACUUGAUGUACGAGAAGGUUCGGAGAUGCCUGGAAGAUGAGCAAGUAAGAAGUAUUGGGUUGUAUGGAAUUGGGGGUGUUGGAAAAACCACCCUCUUGCAGAAACUCAAUAAUGAGUAUUUUGGUAAAAGAAACGAUUUUGAUGUUGUGAUAUGGAUAGUGGUGUCGAAACCAAUCAACAUGGGAAAUAUUCAAGACGUGAUCCUGAAUAAAUUACCGACCCCAGAUGACAAAUGGAAGAAUCGUAGCAAGGAAGAGAAGGCUGCAGAAAUAUGCAAGUUGUUGAAAUCCAAAAACUUUGUGAUAUUGCUUGAUGAUAUGUGGGAGCGACUCAAUCUCUUGGAGGUGGGGAUCCCUAAUUUGAGUAAUCAAACUAAGUCCAAAGUAGUACUCACUACCCGAUCUGAACGAGUAUGCGAUGAAAUGGAGGUUCAUAAGAGGAUGAAGGUAGAGUGUUUGACACGGGAUGAAGCGUUUUCUCUGUUUCGUGACAAGGUUGGUGAGAAUAUCCUGAAUUCACAUCCAGAUAUAAAAAGGCUUGCUAAGAUUGUUGUCCAGGAAUGCAAAGGAUUGCCGCUUGCCCUCAUUGUCAUCGGGCGAGCAAUGGCUAGUAGGAAAACUCCUCGAAAAUGGGAGCAAGCAAUACAAGUGCUGAAGAGUUACCCAGCAAAGUUUUCAGGUAUGGGAGAUCAAGUAUUUCCGAUUUUGAAAUUUAGUUACGAUCACUUGGACAAUGAUACCACCAAAUCAUGUUUCCUAUAUUGUUCGAUAUUCCCUGAAGACCAUGAAAUUUGGAAUGAAGACCUCAUAGAUCUUUGGAUCGGGGAGGGGUUUAUGGACAAAUUUGUCGAUAUCUAUGAAGCACGCAACCAAGGAGAGGAGAUUAUUAGAAGCUUAAAACUUGCAUGUCUCUUGGAAGGUGGUGUAUCGGAAAACACUUGUAAGAUGCAUGAUGUGAUCCGUGACAUGGCUCUAUGGUUAUCAUGUGAUUAUGGGGAAGAGAGACACAAAAGUUUUGUACUAGAUCAUGUUCAGUUGAUUGAAGCAUAUGAAACUGUGAAAUGGAAAGAAGCUCAACGGAUUUCACUAUGGCAUUCUAAUAUCAAUGAAGAACUCUCUCUAUCACCCUGUUUCCUCAAUCUCCGAACUUUGAUUUUGAGCUAUAGUAACAUGAAGUCACUUCCAAUUGGAUUCUUCCAAUUCAUGCCUGUCAUAAGAGUUUUGGAUUUGUCGUGCAAUGAAAAUUUAGUGGAGUUACCUUUGGAGAUUUUUAGAUUAGAGAGUUUGGAAUAUCUGAAUCUAUCAGAGACGGGUAUAAAAAAGAUGCCUAUAGAGCUGAAGAAUUUGACAAAACUGAGGUGUUUGAUAUUAGACCAUAUAAGGAAGCUUGAAGUAAUUCCACCAAACGUGAUAUCUUGCCUUUCAAAUUUGCAGAUGUUUAGGAUGCGAUCAUUGACAUUGAAAAGGAUAUUAAGGAAUAUGAGGAAGUUGGAGAGUUGCAGGAGUUGGAGUGCUUGCAAUACUUGA